AUGGUUGUAUUUUAUGUACGCACAAUCAGCUACAUUUCAUCAAGCUGUAUUAAAGAUCGAGGGCCAAACGUGUCUGCAAUAGAUGCCGCAAAUGAAAUUAAUCAACUUCAAAAUAAUUUAGAUCAAAAACAAAAUUCAUGCUAUCUUCCCCACGCCACCCGUAAUAUAAUGGUAAAAUUACAAGAAACUGGUGAUAUAAAUGAAGAAAACGUAAAAACUGCAGCGUCUAAUUUUUAUAAAACAAGCAAAGAAUAUUUGGAGCAGUGGAGUCAGUUCAACGAAGAAGUAAAAAAAUUUGAAUUUGCAAAUCUGAGAAAGGUUCCCUCGUGGGAAGAUGUACAAAAAGUGAUGGACUUACUUAUUGAACAGAAAUUUAUUAGUAGCAGUCAAGACACAGGAGUGUUUGACGAGUUUUCACUAAUUUCUAAGUAUAUAACAGCUCAAAAAAUAUACGACUGGAACACCGGGAAUAUACCUACUGAAAAUCGUUGGGUGGAAGUAUUUACGCACUUUAAUGCUAAUGAUCUCUCACACGUGAAUUUUUCUAUAAUUAUUGAAUACAUUUUGUGUCUGCCAGGCAGUAACGCUCCAGUUGAAAGAGUGUUCUCUCUUAUGAAUAAAAUAUGGAGCAGCGAAAAAAGUCAGUUGGGAGUCGGUGUAUUAAAAGCCAUUCUUAUCACAAAGGGUAAUAUCAACAAAUCAUGUCAAGAGUUCCAUUCUUACAUAAAAACCAAACAGGCUAUUUUGAAGCAGAUUUGUGGAUCCGACAAAUAUAAAUCAGCCAAAUAA